AUGGGAACCGUGGAUGCGAGCCAUACCGUCACUACACAGAAAAAGCCAACACUUCCAAAAGACACAGAUCAUUCGAGCGAAGAGGAUGAAUCUGAUUUCUACACCGACCAGGAAGAUUCUUUCCAAGACGAUUACACAGACGAGGCCAAUCACCUAGAAGGAUCAAAUCCCAAUUCUGUAACGACAUCCGAAACCGAGUCUAUCGAAAGAGAAGCCUCAGCCCAAGAUGAUAGACACGCACCCACAACAGAAGUGGUUCGAAGAGAAACGAGCACAGUAUCACCGGUAACCAGAGGAAUAUCUCCCAUACAACCGAUAACUGAGCGGAGCGGACAGGGGUAAGCGAUAGUGAAAGAUGAUGGAACUGCAUUGAGCUUGAGACUUGAUCUAAACGUUGACAUUGAGGUCGAGUUAAAAGCUAAGAUUCGUGGAGAUCUG